AUGGCGCUUUCAGCGACGGCACGUAGAUUGUCGAAGCUUAUCAUUACUGCCGAAGGAGUCUCAACUUUUCACUGCACAGCCGCUCAAUCCUGGUGGAACUGUAGACAUCCAAAACGGCGGUUGGCUUCCUCCUCGUCAUCCUUCCCAACCGAUCAUACCGGUACCACGAAUGGUAGCGGAACCACUGCUUUUGCCACUGGUACUGCCGAGGAUGAAUGGGCUGAUAUUGACGCAACGGUUGCUCCAUACGUGAAGUCGUGUCUGCCAUCUGAGGACGAACCAAAGGAUAACCGCAAACGAUGGGAUACACAAUUCCAUAUACACCUUCUGGGAACGGGAGCUGGGACGUCGACGCACCGAAUGCCAGCCUGCACGGUCGUGCGUCUGGGAGCGGGAGACGGGUUGGUCUUUGAUGCGGGAGAAGGCAGUCGAAUACAAGUCAAAAAAUCUAUAGUCAAAAUGAAAACGCUUUCCAGAUUCUUUAUCACUCAUUUACAUGCGGAUCAUGUGCUGGGGUUGCCCAGCCUGCUGCUAACAGUGGCCCAGGCUGGUCCACCGGACGAAGACUCUGUGAUACAAGUGUACGGCCCACCAGGUCUUUACAACUUUGUAGUAGCCAACUUGGCUUUGACCCAUAGCAGCCUUGGAAGGACCACAGUAGAGGUAUUUGAGUUGGUGGGAGGCCAAUGUCGCGUCCACUGGCAACGACGAGCAAUGACGGGAUCAUUUCCUGCCUUUCGUCACGAUAAUGUCGUUCGAAAGACACUUCGUUGCGACGAGGAUGGACUCUGGAAGGUUAAGGUCUUUCAAGAAAUCACCAGAGAAACUGAUAAUCGCGCAAUGGACUAUCAAAUCACAGCGGGUGAGGUUUACCAUGUGCCUCAUGUGCCUACAUUUGGGUAUGUCAUAGAAGAGCAACAGCCUUUGCCAAGGAUUGAUGUGGAACGAGCCGAGAGUUUGGGAGUGGAAAGUGGUGUCAAGUUUAAACUACUCAAGAAUGGGUUCGCUGUAAUGGAUGAAUCUGGAAAACGAGAGGUGAAACCAGAGGAGAUCACCGUGAAAAGCCCAUUCAAAGCACGCAAAGUUGCUAUUUUGGGUGACACCUGUGGAAUUCCACCGCCAAUGGCUCGGCUCUGCCAGAAUGUUGAUGUCUUGUUGCACGAAGCAACAAUGCUGAACGAAGAGAAACGCUCGCUUGGCCUCAAGCGAGGACACUCGACUGCUGCCAUGGCCGGCGAAUUUGCCGAUGCUGUCAACGCUGAUCUGCUUGUUCUCAAUCACCUCAACCACAGUGGAGGGAUGACACAGCAAGCAGCCAGAGAGGCCGAGGGAUCAAUCAAGGGAGGAACUCGAGUAGUGAGUGCCUUGGACUUCAUGGAACUGGCAAUUCCACGAGAAGGUUUUAAGUUCGGGGGCAAUCCACUGUAA